CUCACUCCUCCUCCUCUCUCCGUGUCUCUCUCCAUCAGCAGAGCUCUGGAUGUUUGCUCUGACUCCAACAUGGCUGUGAAUCUCGGCAAGAACCGACUGGCCCUGCUCACCGCCUACCAGGACGUCAUCGACGAGAGCUCCGCCACCGACUGGGCCUUGUUUACAUACGAGGACGAGAGUAAUGAUUUGACACUUUUCGCGUCAGGAGUGGGAGGCGGCCUCCCGGAGAUCACGCUGACCUUCGACCAUGGGAAAGUGAUGUACGGCUUCUGCAGCCUGAAGGAGCCGAGCGCCGCUCUGCCACGAUACAUCCUCAUCAACUGGGUGGGGGAAGACGUGCCGGACGCCAGGAAGUGCGCCUGCGCCAGCCACGUGGCCACCGUCGCAGAAUUCCUCCAGGGCGUGGACGUCAUCAUCAACGCCAGCAGCCUGGAGGACAUCGACCCGUCGGCCAUCGGGCAGCGGCUGACCAACGGGGGGGUAGUGGUGGCCAGUCCGGUCCUGAGCCGCCUGAAGACCAGAGAGGACGAGCACGGAGACGUGGGAACAGUUUACGAGAAAACCAACGCAGAGGUGGAAAUGAAGAAAAUCAAUCGAGAGGAGUUUUGGGAGCAGGCCAAGCGGGAGGAGGAGCUGAGGAAGGAGGAGGAGCGUAAGAAGCUGGCGGAGGAGCGUCAGCGUUUCGAGGAGGAGCGGAUGGAGCUGGAGAGGAAGGAGCAGGAGAGCCGCGAGCAGAGGUACCGAGAGAGGGAGCUUCAGAUCGAGGAUCACAGGAAGAAGCUGCUGGAGGAGGAAGAGGCCAAAGAGCGGCUGAAGAACCAGGAGAAGAUGGCAGCGGAGGCGAGCCUCGAGGACCUGAACCUGGACAAGAAGGAGACGGAGGUGGAGGAGGCGAAGGCCAUCAUCGCCCAGCGCUCAGGAAACCCCCGGGAGUUCUUCAAGCAGAAGGAACGAGCCAUGACCAUCAGCGUGGACACCUCGCCCGUCUCCGUCCACAGACCCGGCCGGUUGGACAGCCCGUUCUUGAAGCAGCAGCACAGUCCCUGCAGUCCGCCGCGGGGCCCCUCCCCCCUCCGCACGCCGCCUCACGCACGGACGCAGCACGCCGCUGCAGCCGGGGACGAUGACCACGAAGCGAGCACAGAGCAGAACAUGGCCGCCGGGUCGCCCAUCCCCAGAAUCAUCACCACAGCCAUCAAAGAGGAUCUGAGCCGAGAGGAGGAGGAUGAGAGAGACGUGUGGGACCCGGCCCCGAAGCGGGACCCGAAGCCGGCGGUGCAGGAGUCCCCGUCCUCGAAGCCGGUGCAGAGCGUCGCCCCUCAGGCCCGCGACUCCUCCGGCUUCAACGUGUGGGAAUCUGGGACGGACCGACUGGUCAACCUGUGGGACAGCAGCUGCGACCCCCCCACCGACCCCACCCAGACCUCCCAGUCCUCCAACCUGGUGGACCUGAUGGCCGGUGACAACGUCCUGCCCAGUGCCGCCGCCGCCAGCCGGCCUCAGCCCCUCCUCAGCUUUGACGAGAUGAUCGACGGCUCCUUCUGCUCGGGCCCCGGGGCCGAGGACGACCCGUCCAGUCUGGUGGACGUGACCAGCUCGGACCAGAUGACCCUCAGCUACCAGCAUGCACUGCAGCAUGUGUCCGAGGGGGGGCAGCAGGCGGAUGACGGACAGCUCCUGAUGACCAAUGGGGAGAUGCUGCUGAAAGAAGGGACGCAGGCGAGCGAGGGAUACUUCAGCCAAUCACAGGAGGACGAAUUUGGCCAAUCAGAGGAAUCCUCAGCCAAACCAGUGCCGGUCUUUUAUAACAAGCCACCAGAGAUUGACAUUACGUGCUGGGACACAGAUCCCGUGGUCGAUGAAGACGACGACUAACCGACCAAUCGCACGCCGCCCGUCGGACCAAGAGGAAGUAGGAAGUUCGUGAAGAAAUCUUUUCUAGAAAAAAAAGAAAACAAACAAAUAAUAGCAAGUUCUGCAUCAAACUACUUGUGUAUAAUCUUUUAGAGAAACGAAACAGUAGCCACAGAAAAAGACGUUUGAUUUAAAAAGUUCGCGGCUCAGUUCUGUUUUAUUUUCUGUGUUUGUUAUUUUAUUUAUUUGUUUUUUCUUCUUCUUUUUUUUUCGCUAUGCAGAUGUCACCGCUCCGGGGACGUUUGUUUUGUGUACAUGAUUAACGACACGUUAACGUAGCGCACUGCUGCAGAGUAGAGACGAGGGCGGCGAGUGUGACGGCGACACACACACCAGCUCUGUAGUGCUUUAAUAACACAUUAUACAACUAAUACAACGCAUCAUUACAGCUCCUGUGUUCCUCCUCUUCACUCCCUCUUUCUUUGCGCUCCUCUUUUUCACCUCCCCCCCUUCCUCCCUCCAACACUUAGCAAGUCACUUAAUCUUGUAUUUAUCGCUAAAAGAAGCAGAAAAGAACACGGUGGAAUCUUUUAUUUAUUCUGGUGUAUCUGAAACUCCUGAAUCACGUCAGCCUGUGGCUCCCUGUCGACCUUUUUCACUCCUUUUGUAUGAUUUUACGACUGAAUUCAAGAUUAAAUGGCUUGUGAAUCCUC